AGAGAGAAAUCGCUUCUCUUCGGAGAAACGACGUCGAAAAAAACUAGAAACGAAGAAGAAUCGUAUACACUAGUAUCUGUUUGUUUACCACCCUAGUACAUACAGCCAUCGUCAAUACUUACCGAAAAAUCCUCAAGAGCUUUUUUACAGUAUUCCAAAAAUAUCAAAACCACGAAAAAAACCUUUAUCUUUUCAUCUACCCAUUCUACUUUGUGCUUCCCCCGAAACAGAACAAUGACGAUGAUUGGCAGAAGAACACACCUUGCGGCAUGCGGCCUCUACCUGAGCAGGUGCCUCUCGGGUGCGCCGCUGGGAGUGCAGGCCGCCGCCCCGGCGGGGCAAGCCCGAACGCCCUUUCUACCUCGCCAGGAGCCGGAAUCUUCGGCCGCCGCGGCUCAGCCGCAGGAUCCUGUCUACACGCCGGAGCAGCUGCUGCUGAUCGACGGAACGGAGACUACACUGAAGGGCUUUGUGAUGCAGACGCGGGCUUAUGCCUCUGCCACUCUCGAAGAUCGCGCGGCGCCACAAGAAGUUGCCGCUCCAACGGUAAGCCAGAUCUUCGCGGUGGCCGAGCUGCACUAUCGAUUCGUGGACCAGAUGGGUGAGAACCUCGUCCGAUUUUUCGAGGAGCACCGAUGCCUGAAGGGGCUCGUGGGAAGCUUCGGUGGAACGUCACCGGAGGGGGCGGCCGCCGGACUGCGCGCGAACGCGAAACGGAUGCUGGAAUACGUGGCAAACCUGAAGGUUUUGGACGAGUCUAUGCACGAUCUGGUUUCGGCCGGGGAUGUUGUCGAAAACCGCCCGCCGGCGAUUUUCUUACUGGAAGAGCAGAUCAGCGAGAGUGAAAAUCCGCACGUGAACCCGUGGGAGAACGUGCCUCUGGCCAGCGUCGGCAAGUACUGCAAGCCCUGGUGGGGCGAAUUCGGAGUAGCAGCUCGUCCUAGCGGGGAGCAGCCGUACAUUUGCCAGCACCUGUCCGAUAUCGUGGGCGAGAUGAGCAACCUGACGCUGUUGCUGCGGCAGGUGUUCGUCAAAAUGGGCUUGGGGCCGGUCGACGUGUUGGGACAGCGGGGUGAUACGACCUCCGAGCAGCGGGAAGUGGGGCGCGGCAGCCUGGCUCUGUCAUCCUCCUCCUCCUCCCGCGGAGGAGGACCGGGGCGGAACAACUCCUUCCCAGAGCAGGCUUUGACGAACCUCCUCUACCCGCCGCGUAACGAGCCUUACGGGUUGGCGUUGCUCAAAGCAGUGAUCCGGGACGCGGAGGCCCAGAGCGGGUUCCAGUGGCAUCGGUGGAACGUGAAUAACACGACCGCGCCGGGAGUGAUGAAGUUUCUCGAAAAGUGGUUGUUACCCGCGAACCAGCAGUGCGGCAAGUUUCUCGGUAAAAUCGUGCCGGGAAUUCCGCGCCGCCGCGCGGUGCUGGAGCUGUUGCCGCUCGGACGAGAGAAUCAGUCGCUGGAGUUUGCGGUCCGGUACAUGGAGUUGAGCCGCUUAUUCGUUUUUUCCGUCGGUUACUUGACCAAGUUUCCGUCUCAGUUUCUUUCCCCGCGGGUGUUCGAAGCCGCGGCGAUGGUUUGUGCGGCGUCGGAUCUAGGACUCGGCGCUCGCUUCCCGGGCAGCGUACAGGACGCAGCAGAGAUGGAUUCCAGGUCCUCUCCGGCGGAAGAGGACCCAGCCUGUCGCGGCGUUCACCAAGCCGCGGUGGCUGUUGGUUUCAUUGGGCGCGGGCACUUUGGGCCGAACGAGGGUGGAUCGGGAAAUCAUCCGAACUCUUUGGAUUCAGCCGCGAUCGAGGAGAUUGUUCACAGCUCCGGUGGCAACGUCGACGAGAUGGUGGAGCGCCUGAACCUGCGCGCAACCCAAUUUCUGCAGCUUAUGCUCGUCGGGGAGCAGGAAGUUGAAACCGGCGACGGUCCUGCGCUGUCGAAAUGGGCGCGCACAGGUAGUGUCUCGCCUAAUGGCCGCUUUUCUGUCUCCGGAACCGGGUCAACGCCGGGGUACACGCCUCUCACGUCGGGGCCCUCCACCGGCCUCGUUUCAUCUGGCAGCACGUGAGCGACAGCCCAGGGUCGGCUCAUCGUGUGAAAAUUCUUUGUCCUCAGACGAGUUUCAUCAUCCUAAUUUUGAUCCACAAUGGGUGAGGAGUCAAACAUCCAAAGAAAUACCGACACAAUCAUUAUUAAAGAUUUUUAUAUGUUCUUUAUUUUGGAAGCAACGACCGGCAAAAGCGCGUUGAGCUUAGAGUCGUGGAGCUCGUGAAGAAAGAAUACUAGAUUUAUGAAAAAAGAGAACGCUAUAGCAUUUCCGUAGCAGGACGGCCGCUUUGUGGGUCACUUACUGACGCCAGAGCUGCUGCUCAGCGGCAGUGGCAUCUGGUUUGAAGCGGUCGACCUGGGCAACUGAUAAAUACCCCUGUAUGAUUGAUGUACAACCCGCAACAUUAUAAUUGGCGUAAAGAACGCACAGUAAAAUGGUUUAAGAUGUUGACGCUCUUGACCUCGGUAGUUAUGUGACGAUCCGAGCGUUUGUGAGCGCUCUUCCACCUUCUACAUCAGCAUUUCACAAGCACAUACAGCAGCAUUGACAAGCAGAUCAGGAGAGGAGUUUAUUCGGUGUAGACACUGUAAGCAGCACAAAUACCGAUUUCAACAUGACGGCAACUGUAUACAAGUUCCUGAGACCAGCCAGCAACUACAUCAACUCGGGUGGAUAGUCGGAGCGAUGAGAAAACACGAAGAGCGGUGCAAGGAGAAGAAGAACAAAAAACGUCCGGAAGAAAACGAGGAGGAGGUCCUGGAUGGCGUCAAUGCCGAAGAAGCCGCACUAGUUGCUGCUGAGCCGAACAUCUAGACCCGUUCUCUUCUAAACCCUUUACUGGGUAACAUCAUCAUCAUCAAGCACAGACGUUAACACAGACUUCAAUACAGACCUCAACACAGACUUCAAUACUGACGUCGACACAGACUUCUCAAGAACAUAGGAAGAGCACUUCACACCACAAACAUAGGAAUCAACCCAAGUACUCCAUAAACAAAAAGUACUUAUUGCUUUAUUUCUUGCCAG